CUGGGUUUAUUCGUGGCUCACUGUACCUCGGGCAGCAGGACUUCACUUUUUUUUUGUGGUUCUUACACUAUUUUAAAUAGAGAGCCUCCUCCGUUUGGAAAGAGAGGGGGAACGGUUAAACUUUGGAAUAACAAUGAAUACGAGUGUGAUGCUGCCAGAGCCAAACUUGCUGUUGGCUAACGGGUUGAUUCUGCCCAGCCGUCCCAUCAAAUCGCAGAAGAAAUCUAAAAAAGCUUGUGUUUUCUUUGAGGUGGAGAUCUUGGACGCAAGGACUAAACAGAAGCUCACCUUUCUGGACAAGGUGGAGCCAAAUGCGACAAUUGGAGAGAUCAAGGUUAUGUUCCACAAGAACCAUACUCGGUGGUAUCCUGCCAGGCAGUCCAUUAGGCUGGAUCCAAAGGGCAAGUCACUCAGGGAUGAGGAAAUUUUGCAGAACCUCCCUGUUGGUACCACAGCCACCCUUUACUUCAAAGACCUUGGUGCUCAGAUUGGAUGGGUUACAGUGUUUCUCACUGAGUAUACUGGACCGCUGCUGAUUUAUCUGCUCUUCUAUUUCCGACUGCCGUUUAUCUAUGGCCCUAAGCACGCUUUCACCUCAAGUCCCCAUUCAGUUGUGCACCUUGCCUGCAUUUGCCACUCCUUUCACUACAUCAAGAGGCUGUUGGAGACUCUGUUUGUUCAUCGGUUUUCCCAUGGCACCAUGCCAUUCCGAAACAUCUUCAAGAAUUGCACUUAUUACUGGGGUUUUGCAGCCUGGCUGGCUUAUCACAUCAAUCACCCGCUGUACACACCACCUGCUUAUGGGGACAAACAAGUGAAAAUUGCUCUUGCUAUAUUCCUGUUCUGCCAGCUGGGAAACUUUUCAAUUCACGUGGCACUGAGGAAUCUUCGGCCACCAGGCUCGAAGGCACGCAGGAUCCCCUUCCCGACGAAGAACCCAUUUACCUGGCUUUUCCUCUUGGUGUCUUGUCCUAACUAUACCUAUGAGGUGGGCUCUUGGAUUGGUUUCACAAUCAUGACUCAGUGUCUUCCAGUUGCUUUGUUCACUCUGGUUGGGUUUGUCCAGAUGGCAAUCUGGGCCAAUGGGAAGCAUCGUAGCUACUUGAAGGAUUUCCGUGACUACCCGCCUCUUCGCACACCAAUCAUCCCGUUCCUGUUGUAGGCAGCAAUUCUGUGAGCCUGGGUUGGGGAGACAUUGUGACACCCAGCCCCUUUGUCUGUGUCUAUCUGUCUGACUAUCUGUCCUGCAGUAAACCAAUCACGAGCUUCAGCAGAGUUGUUUGAUUCUAUCCUCCUCAUGUUCUUGCAAUUUUUUUUAAUAGUCUUAGGGCAAUUCUAUCUAUUUGUAAAAUAGGUAAUUACCUAUUGGCGGGAGGAGUGGGAAUCUUAAUCUGCUGUGAUCGUAUGGACCUCUUGCUGAUCUUUAAUUCUGCUGAGCUCUGAUUUCUCUGUGGUAUUCCCUAGUUCCAUUAGAGGCUGGGCAGACUCCACAUACCAUACAUAAAACUGUGUCUUGGGCUCUGCAAUGUCCUUUUAACCUUUGCCCAAUCUUUUAUAUCAAUGUGAAGCAAGUUAGUGUAAAGCAGCAACUGAUUUCUCUGCGUCCCUUCGACCCUAUUCUGUUAAUCUCCACUCUUCCGUCUCUCCACACACCACCUCUGCUGCCGCUGCCACCCUCUUUCUCUCCACCCCCCGCCCCCCCCCCCCCCCAAAAAAAAUCAAAACUAGAAAGUUGAAUCUUAAUGAAUUUAUGGUUGGACAUGGGGGGGGGUGGGUCCUCCACAAACUGUGCAGAGAGUCCUGUUUCCACUCUUCCAUCCAUCCCCCACCCCCCCCAAUCCCCUGCUGCCUCCUGUCACACUGCAGCCCCCUCACCUUUUACAAGUGAAGGGAAUAAUAAGAGCUUUACUCGUAUCUAACCCUGUGUUAUAGCUGUGCUGGAGAGAGCUUUACUCUGUAUCUAAACCCGUGCUGUCCAUCCUAGGCGUGUUUGAUGGAGACUUUGAUCAUCAGCCACGAAUCUUGUUCAGUCUGACUGUAGCACACUCUGGUGCAAUCUGCAGUAGUGUAAGAUUUGAGCUGGUUCUUUGCUGCUCUGUUCCAGUUUAAUGAUAGGGAUGUGAGCAGCUCAACUGUUGAAACAUACAGAUACAUCUCCACCAGGAGCCGGCAAAGAACGAAACCACAGCAGUUCUUAGCACUUAUUGCUGGUAAAUUUUGAUUUAAUAAUUCUGCUAAGAAAAUAGAUGUGCACUGAUUGGGGAGGGGUUGUUUGUUAAUACUAUAGCUUUCCUGAGUUCCCAUUACUUUGAGGAUUGUGAGCACCAGAAUAUUGGUUUUCUCUUCCUGCUGCUUAAUGUAACCUUAAGUCUUAGUAUCAACACUGUCUUUGUUCAAUGGUAAUCCGUUUCCAAAGCUCUGCUUCUGAUCUCUGUUCAAAUUUGAACACACCCUGUUAAAAAUAGUGUUUGCAAGUUUCUAGUGGAAAGUUGACAUUUGAAUAACUAUUUCAGAUUUUUCUGAAUGACUUAUUUUGUCUCUAAAUGUUUGUGUGGUAGAAAAUUGAUCAGUGUUUCUUUCAAACUUUGCAAUGUCGGCAAUAACAUUGUUUACAAAGAAACUGAAUAAACUUGAUUUAUCUCUA